UGGCUUCAUCUGUCAAUGUGUUACGUGUAGUAUUUUUAUAUUAUUUAAGUGUGAUUUUUGGUAUAAAGACAACACACUUUCAAACCAUAAAGUACACCAUCCCCAGCAAACAUAGUCAGAAGGCAGCAUGGCUACAUACCAAGAAUUCAUUCAGCAAAAUGAAGACCGGGAUGGAGUACGCUUUACCUGGAAUGUGUGGCCUUCAAGUCGUCUGGAGGCAACAAGAAUGGUCGUGCCAUUAGCUUGUCUGUAUACUCCUAUAAAAGAAAGACCUGAUCUACCACCUAUAAACUAUGAGCCAAUUUUGUGUACAAGACCAAACUGUAGAGCAGUCCUGAAUCCAUAUUGUCAAGUGGAUUACAGAGCCAAGUUGUGGGCUUGCAAUUUCUGUUUCAAUAGAAACCCAUUCCCACCUCAGUAUGCAGCUAUCUCUGAGCAGCACCAACCUGCAGAGAUCAUCCCACAGUUCACCACUUUGGAGUAUACCUUGCCAAGAGUGACCUGUCCACCACCAGUGUUCCUUAUUGUUCUGGACACUUGCAUGGAUGAGGAUGACUUGCAGGCUGUUAAGGAAUCUCUGCAGAUGUCCCUGUCUCUGUUACCACCCAAUGCCCUGAUUGGUCUCAUCACGUACGGCAAGAUGGUGCAAGUGCACGAGUUGGGAUGUGAGGGAUAUUCCAAGAGUUACGUGUUCAGAGGCACAAAAGACCUCACCUCAAAGCAGAUUCAUGACAUGCUGGGUAUAGGGCGUGGUGCAGCCCCAGGGGGUAACCCCCAGCAACAGAGGGGUGCCCCACAGCAACCACAUGGCCCUCAGCAACAUUAUCAGUUGCCAUCGAACAGAUUUCUGCAGCCAGUGCACAAAUGUGAUAUGAGUUUGACUGACCUACUGGGUGAACUGCAGAGCGACCCAUGGCCUGUGGCACAGGGCAAGCGUCCACUCAGAUCUUCAGGGGUGGCCCUGUCCAUAGCUGUUGGACUUUUGGAGAGCACCUACCCCAACACUGGGGCCCGUAUCAUGAUGUUUGCUGGGGGAGCAUGCUCACAGGGCCCAGGGAUGGUGGUGGAUGAUGAGCUGAAGCACCCCAUCAGGUCCCAUCAUGAUAUUGAGAAAGAUAAUGCCAAGUACAUGAAGAAAGCUAUGAAGCAUUAUGAAAGCCUUGCUACCAGAGCUGCAAACAAUGGUCAUGUGGUGGACCUGUAUUCGUGUGCAUUAGAUCAGACUGGUCUGCAUGAAAUGAAAUAUGUCUCUAACUACACCGGGGGGCACAUGGUGAUGGGUGACUCCUUCAACACAUCAUUGUUCAAGCAGACCUUCCAGAGAGUAUUUGCCAAGGACCAGAAAGGAGAGUUCAAGAUGGGCUUUGGAGCUUCUAUGGAGGUGAAGACCUCCAGAGAGUUGAAGAUCAGUGGCUGUGUGGGGUCUUGUGUGGCAGGGAAUGUCAAAGGUCAGAAUAUUUCGGACACAGAGAUUGGAGUGGGAGGGGUGUCUUCAUGGAAGAUGUGUGGCCUCUAUCCCAAUACUACACAUGCUCUGUUCUUUGAGGUGGUCAAUCAGCACAAUGCUCCAAUACCUCAAGGUGGACGAGGCUACAUACAAUUCAUCACUCAGUAUCAGCACUCCAGUGGACAAAAGAGAGUGAGAGUUACAACAGUGGCAAGGAAUUGGGCUGAUGCCUCUUUGAACAUUCAGCACAUAUCAGCGGGCUUUGAUCAAGAGGCAGCUGCUGUGAUAAUGGCCAGAACAGCCGUGUUCAGAGCAGAGACUGAUGAAGGUCCAGAUGUUCUGAGGUGGCUUGAUAGAAACUUGAUAAGACUGUGCCAGAAGUUUGGAGACUACCACAAAGAUGAUCAAAAUUCUUUCCGAUUUUCUGAAACUUUUUCAUUGUUCCCACAAUUCAUGUUCCAUCUCAGAAGAUCACAGUUCUUACAAGUUUUUAACAAUAGUCCUGAUGAAACAUCCUAUUACAGGCAUAUGCUGAACAGGGAAGAUUUAACUCAGUCUUUGAUUAUGAUACAGCCCAUUUUAUAUGCAUACUCAUUCAAUGGACCUCCAGAGCCUGUAUUAUUGGACACAAGCAGUAUCCAACCAGACAGAAUUCUCUUGAUGGACACAUUUUUCCAAAUAGUCAUUUACCAUGGUGCUACUGUAGCAUCAUGGAGAAAACAAGGCUAUCAGAAUUUACCUGAGUAUGAAAAUUUCAAGCAGUUACUUCAGGCCCCUGUAGAUGAUGCCCAGGAUAUUCUACAAACCAGGUUUCCAAUGCCAAGAUACAUUGAUACAGAAGCUGAUGGAUCACAGGCACGUUUCUUACUGUCAAGAGUGAAUCCAUCCCAAACCCACAACAACAUGUAUGGAUGGGGUCAGCAACAGGCAAACACGGAUGGUGGUGCACCAGUUUUGACAGAUGACGUUAGCUUACAAAUUUUCAUGGAACAUCUGAAGAAGCUUGCAGUGUCCAGUUCAACAUAACACAGAGAAAAGCAUUUCUGUGCAAAAAUAAAUAAAUAAUUUGAACGAUUUGCCUUUUGAAAAGAGAGGUCUGUGUUUUGUAAUAAUAGAGUGAAACUGAAUAGGCAGUUCAAUAAGACCUUAUGUGAUAGGAUCCAAACGGUUGUAGCUGAUACGAAGACAGAAGAAAGGGACACACACUGAAACUGUAUGUUGGCACUAGAUUUUCUAUGCAUUGUAUGCAUAGACUUAUGAAUUCAACAAUUUCUUGAUGUCAGAAUAGUUUGAUAUGCUUCUAUUGAAAUGGUGCCUUUGCAUGAGACACUGCAAAAUUAUAUUUGAGCAUGCUUAUUCCAUGAUAUUAAACUAUUUCUACACAGUUGAUGACAAUGGCUGUUUUGGAUAAAAAAAUAUUUUAUGCCAAAUUCCAUAUACACAUGUAUAUGUGAAUAUAAUAUUUAUGAUAUAGUAUUAAAUAAAUAUGACAUUAAAAUGGCGUGUUGUAUUAAAUUAGGAAGCGAAAUGUCAAAUGUGCUUCUUCUCUGUGUCAAAAUAAUUAUAUGCCAGUGGUAUGAUUAAUGAUUAUAG